AUGUGGAGUGCGCAUACACUCUUGGCCGAGCUCCAUAAAAAGGCCGCGCUCAGCCCUGCCGCAGCUGUGCAGGAUGUACAGAACACCCUUGCGCAGAGCCUGCGGGCCGAUGUGUUGCCUGUUGUGUCGUACAUCACCCGUUUCUCGAGCCUGCAGAACGGUGAUGACUUUUUUCUUGUCCGUGUGCACGUCCUGUCUCGUGCGCUCGUCUUCGUGCUCUCCAGCUUCUUGGCGGAGUGGCACCGGUCAGACAGGGGAGACGGAAACGAGCGCCGGCCAUCGAGCUCAGCGGAUGUGCCGCAUUUAUCCAUGGCAGAGGCGGCGCUAGCACGGGAGCUGUGUGAAUGGAUCAGCGUUCUGCAGCAGCGUGCCGAUGAGACGAGGGGGAGUGAUGCAGACGUACGACUCUUCAGCGUCGCCUACAGGAAAGAGUCCGACUCGUUAUGCUCAUCUAUUGCAUCACCACGGCAGCCAGCGGAAGCCCAAGGCUCCUUCGCAGGCGCCUCUACCGAACAGCAGGUGGACAGGACGUGCGGUGGACGGACGUAUUGGUCUGAUGUGCGUGCGCUGCGAGAGAAUACUGCCGAGCAGUUCCAGCUGCUUCAAUCCACGCUCACGUCUCGUUACACCGGUGCGGAGGACGAGGAAAGGGCGAUGCGGUCCACGGAGAACCAGUCCACACCAUCGUGUCACAGAAGCUGGAUGGACGAGUUGUGCGAGCAGGCGACGGCGAAACGUGAGAGCUGCGGGCGAGACGACUGCAGGGAGACGCAGCGGCAGCCACCGGUGGCGUCGCCGUCCCCGUUUGCGGGCGUCACGGGUGUGGCAGCAGCGGUGGAGGAGCCAACGGAAGUUUUGGCGAGCAUCAAUGCAGCACUGAAUCAAGUGGCCCUAAGCAGCUCGAAAGAGGUGUAG